AUGGUGUUUUGUGUGUCAGGGAGCUUCAUGCUGGCAGAGCUGGGUAUGGGGGAGUCCCCAGGCCUGCAGGGGGACCUGAGCCUGCUGCAGCACAGCUUCGCCCUCAGCAACGCCUCUGACCAGGACCCAGACUCCGACCCCGAGGGGGUCAUGACCCCGGAGCGGGCCGUCCAGCUGUGGGCGGGGGGUCACGGGCUCAAAUCCCGGCUCAGCUCCAGCCUGUCGUCCAGGGCUAACUCUGCCCUCACGCUGACGGACUCGGAUAACGAGCACAAGACUGACGACGAAUCAGGUCGUCCCCUACCUCCCACACCCUCCUCCAGCCUCCUCCCCCCCGCUCCCCCUCCGCCCCCCAGCCUCCUCCCUCCCGCAUCCUCUUCCUCUGGCAGCCAGCCCCCCCCUGCCCCCCUGGCCAUACGAGAGUGCCAAGUUCCCCUGCUGGACAGUGGCCCCCCCCACGCCAUGCUGGAGCCCCCCUCGGACGACGAGUUCUCUCCCAAUUCUUACUUCCUCCACGCCUACGCCCCUCCAUCCCAGCCCCCCUCUUCCUCUGGUCCUCCCAACCACCAAAGCCAGACCAGCCUACGCCCCCCUCUCCCGCCCACCCUCAACCACCAGUCCUCAGCCAAUAGCCUCAACCGGAACACCCUGGCGAGCCGGCGCAACCUCGCCCAUGCCCCGUCCGGCCCCGCCCCUGGGGAGGGCCCGUCCACUCCAGAGUCGGUCCAGCUCCAGGACAGCUGGGCCCUGAACAGCAGUGUUCCCCUGGAGACCAGGCACUUCCUGUUCAAAACUCCGUCCGGCUCCACACCCCUGUUCAGCAGUGCAUCCCCAGGGUACCCGUUAGCCCCCGGUACGGUGUAUUCCCCCCCUCCGCGCCUCCUCCCCAGGAGCACCUUUUCCAGGGGCUCCUUCAAGCUGAACAAGCCCUCCAAGUACUGCAGCUGGAAGUGUGCUGCUGUGUCUGCCAUCACUGCCGCUCUGCUGCUGGGGCUGCUGCUGGCCUACUUCAUAGCUCUGAAUGUGCUGGGGUUAACCUGGAAGCUCCGUCCAGCCGACAGCCACCUGGUCACCACGGCGCUGAGCACCGGUCUCCCUGUCAACAACGAUGUGGCGACAGUGCCCUCAACAGGCAGAGGGCCCUGGGUGUACAGGAACAGCAGUAUUGUGUCUGGGGAGCUGGAGGUGGGGAGGAGGGUGGGUCAGGAAGUUCCCUCGGGGGUGUUCUGGAGGACCCUGCUGCACCUGCGCCAGCCCCUCUUCCUCAAGUUCAACAUCUCCCUGGGGAAAGACGCCCUGUUUGGGGUCUACAUACGCAAGGGCCUGCCCCCUUCACAUGCACAGUAUGACUUCAUGGAGCGUCUGGAUGGGAAGGAGAAGUGGAGCGUGGUGGAGUCUCCCCGGGAGAGGAGGAGCAUCCAGACGGUGGUUCUGAAUGAGGCCGUGUUUGUCCAGUACCUGGACCCUGGCACCUGGCACCUGGCCUUCUACAACGACGGCAGGGAAAAAGAGACUGUCUCCUUCAGCACUGUGGUUCUGGAUUCCGUUCAGGAGUGCCCACAGAAUUGCCACAGCAACGGUGAGUGCACGUCUGGUGUGUGCCACUGUUUCCCAGGGUUCCACGGGAUCGACUGCUCCAAAGCGGCGUGUCCGGUGCUGUGUGGGGGAAACGGACAGUAUGACAAGGGCACCUGUAUCUGCUACAGCGGCUGGAAGGGGCCUGAAUGUGACGUUCCUGUCGGCCAGUGCAUCAACCCAGAAUGCAACGGGCACGGGACCUGCUCCAAGGGCUCCUGCACAUGCUCUGCGGGUUACCGCGGCAACAGCUGCGAGGAGGUGGACUGUGUGGACCCGGGUUGUUCUGGCCAUGGGACAUGUGUGAGCGGGCAGUGCCACUGUAAGCCGGGCUGGGCAGGGCUGAAGUGUGAGCAUGCGCGGGCCCAGUGCCCUGACCAGUGCCACGGUCAUGGAGCCUACGUACCCGACACGGGCAUUUGCAGCUGUGACCCCAACUGGACAGGCCCCGACUGCUCCAUGGAGGUGUGUUCAUCGGACUGCGGCGCCCACGGGAUGUGUGUGGAUGGAGUGUGUCGCUGCGAGGAGGGCUGGACGGGCACAGGCUGUGACCAGCGUGUGUGUAACCCUCUGUGUGUGCAGCACGGCACAUGCCGCGACGGGAAGUGUCUCUGUCAGCAGGGUUGGAACGGAGAGCACUGCUCUAUCGACGGGUGUCCAGGCUUGUGUAGUGGGAAUGGCCAGUGCAUUCUGGGACAGAACAUGUGGCGCUGUGACUGUCACACAGGCUGGAGGGGAUCUGGCUGUAGCGUCGCAAUGGAGAUCUCCUGCUCCGACAAUAAGGACAACGAAGGAGAUGGCCUGACAGACUGCAUGGACCCUGACUGCUGCACCCAGACCCCCUGUUUGACCAAUCCACUGUGCCAAGGUGCCCGGGACCCCCUCCAGAUCAUCCAGCAGGGCCAAUCAGGGGGCCAGAAAGUGAGGUCAUUCUAUGAACGUGUCGGGUCAUUGGUGGGGAAGGACGCCACUCAUAUAAUUCCUGGAAACAACCCCUUUAACGCCAGCCUGGUGUGUCUGAUCCGAGGUCAGGUGGUGACAUCAGAUGGAACGCCCCUGGUGGGGGUCAACGUGACGUUCCUCCGAUCCCCUCAUUACGGAUACACACUCACAAGGCCCGACGGCAUGUUUGACCUGGUAGCCAAUGGCGGCAUGUCUUUGACACUCCGCUUUGAGCGUGCUCCGUUCAUCGGCCAGGAACGCACAAUGUGGUUGCCGUGGAACCGGUUUGUCGCCGUGGAGACAGUGGUGCUGCGGACGGAGGAGACCAGCGUAACAGGAUGUGACCUUAGCAGCUCCACCCGACCCGACCCCCUGGUGGUGACAUCACCACUCUCCUCCUUCUUCAGCUCCAAGCCUGCAUUGAGACACAUCCUACCUGAGACCCAGGUGGUCCAUGAGCAGCUGGAUCUCCCAGGCUCCAGCCUGAAGCUGAGCUACCUGAGCUCUAGGACCCAGGGCUACCAGGCCCUGCUCCGGGUCACCCUGACCCCGGCCCAGGUGCCCCUCUCCCUGGCCAGGGUGCACCUGAUGGUGGCUGUGGAGGGCCAGCUGCUCCAGAAGGGCUUCCACGCCUCGCCCAACUUGGCCUUCUCCUAUGUCUGGGACAAAACUGACGCGUACCGCCAGAGGGUGUAUGGGCUGACGGACGCUGUGGUGUCGGUGGGGUACGAGUAUGACGGUUGUCCCAGGGUGCUAUGGGAGAGGAGGGUGGUGGUGCUGCAGGGGUAUGAGCUCCUGCCCUCCAACCUGGGGGGCUGGUCCCUGGACAAACACCACGCCCUCAACACCCGCAGCGGCAUCCUUCAUAAAGGAAGUGGAGAGAACAUCUUCCUGUCCCAGCAGCCCCCGCUCAUCAGCAGCAUUAUGGGCAAUGGCCGGAGGCGGAGCAUCUCCUGCCCCAGCUGCAGCGGCGUUGCCGAGGGCAACAAGCUGCUAGCGCCAGUGGCGUUGGCUUGCGGCGGCGACGGGAGUCUGUACGUGGGCGACCUGAACUUCGUACGACGCAUCUACCCCACCAUGAAUAACACCUCCGCCAUCCUGGAGCUGAGGAACAAGGACCUAAGACAUGGCAACAAUCCCAGCCAUAAGUAUUACCUGGCAGUGUGUCCAGUGACGGGGUACUUGCUGCUGUCUGACACCAACUCCCGGCAAAUCUACCGCGUGGGCGCAGCGGGCGGGGCGGCGGGCGGUCGCCAGCGUCUGAAGGACGCCCCGGUGGUGGCAGGGACGGGCGAGCAGUGUGUGCCCUUCAACGACGCCCACUGUGGGGACGGGGGCCAGGCCACCCAGGCCGCCCUGAUGAGCCCCCGGGGCGUAGCGGUGGACCAGGAGGGGCUGCUCUACUUUGUAGACGCAACCAUGAUCCGCAAGGUGGACCGGAAUGGCAUAAUCUCCACAGUGAUCAGGACCAACGACCUCACCGCAGUACGACCCCUCAGCUGUGACACCAGCAUGGACGCCAGCCAGGUGCGCCUGGAGUGGCCCACAGACCUGGCGGUGGACCCCAGUGACAGCUCCCUGUACGUGCUGGAGAACAACGUGGUCCUGAGGGUGAGCCAGACCCUGCAGGUCAGCAUCGUGGCCGGCCGGCCCAUGCACUGCCUGGUCCCAGGGAUUGACUACUCCCUCAGCCCCCUCGCCAUCCACGCUGCCCUGGAGGGCGCCACCGCCAUCGCCCUCGACCACCACGGCACGCUGUUCAUCGCCGAGACCGAUGAGAAGAAGAUCAACCGCGUGCGACAGGUGAGUGCGUUUGGAGAGAUCUCUCUACUCGCCGGCGCCCCCUCCGACUGCGACUGCAAGAACGACGUCAACUGCAACUGUUACUAUGGUGACGAUGGCUAUGCGGCCGACGCCCUCCUCAAUGCCCCGUCCUCCCUCGCUACCUCGCCUGACGGCACGCUGUUCAUCUCCGACCUCAACAACAUCCGCGUGCGCGCCGUCCGACCCCAGCGGCCCCUGACGGCCGCGGGGGGCGGGUACGAGGCAGGGUCGCCGCGGGAUCAGGAGCUUUACGUGUUCGACGGCGAGGGGCGUCACCGGCACACGGUCAGCCUCAUCACCGGGGACACGCUGCUCAACUUCACAUACGGACCUGACACUGAGUUGGCCUCCGUCACCGACAACUGUAACAACAGCCUGAGGGUGCGCAGGGACGGUUCGGGCCAGGUGCGUCUGGUGGUUCUACCUGAGAACCAGGUGUUGUCUCUGGGGCUGGACCCUGCAGGCUGGCUCCGCUCUGUCUCAGCCCUCAACCAGCAGGUGGCGCUCAUGAGUUACCACGCCUCUUCAGGCCUGCUGGCCUCCAAGGCUGACGAGACAGGCUGGACCAACUUCUACCAGUACGAUGGCGAGGGGCGUGUGACCAAUGUCUCCUACCCUACGGGCGUGGUCACCAGCCUGCGACGUCAGGUUGACACGGCAACCAGUAUCGACAUGGAGAGCUCGGGCCGCGACGACGAUAUCACGCUCAUUACCAACCUCUCCUCCACCGAGUCUUCCUACACCCUGGUGCAAGACCAGGUGAGGAACACCUACCAGAUGUUCUCUAACGGCAGCGUGCGUGUGUCGUACGCCAGUGGGAUGGGUCUGAGCUUCCACAUGGAGCCCCACGUGGUGGCAGGGCCGCUGGGCUCCAGUGUGGGCCGCCGGAACAUCUCGCUGCCCACGGACAGUGGCCUCAACGCCCUGGAGUGGCGCACGCGGAAAGAGCUGGUCCAGAACAAGGUCACCGUGUUCGGACGCAAGCUCAGGGCCCAUGGGAGGAACCUUCUGUCAGUGGACUUUGACCGGACCACCAGGACAGAGAAGCUCUACGACGAUCACAGGAAGUUCACCCUCAGGAUCAUCUACGAUGCCCAGGGGCGCCCCGUCACCUGGUUGCCUAGCAGCAGCCUGGCGGUGGUGAAUGUGUCAUACUCCUCUACAGGCCGUCUGAUUGGUUUACAGCGCGGCAGUAUGAGCCAAAGAAGCGAGUUUGAUACGUUCGGACGCAUCGUCUCACGCUCCUUCGUAGACGGCAAGGUCUGGAAAUUCAGCUACCUGGACAAGUCCGUGGUCCUGCUCCUCCAGCAGAGUCAGAGGCAGUACGUGUUUGAGUUUGACCCGUUGGGGCGCGUCACCUCGGUAACCGUCCCCAGCAUGGCGCGUCACACCAUGUCCACACACGUGUCUCUGGGCUUCAUCCGCAACACCUACAACCCCCCCGAGAGCAACGCCACCAUCAUCCAUGACUUCAUCCAGGAUGGACGGCCUUGUGCCACCCUCUACCUGGGCACCGGUCGACGGGUCCUCUACAGGUAUGGCAAACUGUCGAAGCUUACAGAGAUAUUAUAUGAUGGGACAGCGGUCACCCUUGGUUACGAUGAGACGUCAGGCUUGCUAAAGAUGGUCAACUUGCAGAGCGGGGGUUUCUCCUGCACCAUCCGCUAUCGUAAGGUGGGUCCACUGGUGGACAAACAGAUGUAUCGCUUCUCAGAGGAGGGUAUGGUGAACGCUCGUUUUGACUACACCUACCAUGACAGCAGCUUCCGCGUGGCCAGCCUGAAGCCCGUCAUUGGAGAGACCUCACUUCCUGUCGACCUCUAUCGCUACGAUGACAUCUCCGGGAAAGUGGAGCACUUUGGGAAGUUCGGAAUCAUCUACUACGACGUCAAUCAGAUCAUCACCACGGCCGUCAUGACGCUGUCCAAACACUUUGACGCCCACGGGAGGAUCAAGGAGGUGCAGUACGAGAUUUUCCGUUCUCUGAUGUACUGGAUGACGGUGCAGUACGACAGCAUGGGCCGGGUCAUCAAGAGGGAGCUGAAGAUUGGCCCGUAUGCCAACACCACACAGUACCGCUACGAGUACGACGGAGAUGGACAGCUGGUCAGCGUCAAGGUCAACGAUUGGUCCACCUGGCGCUACAGCUACGACCUCAACGGCAACCUGCACCUGCUCAACCCCGGCAACAGUGCCAGGCUCCUCCCCCUCCGCUACGACCUGCGUGACCGCAUCACGCGGCUGGGCGACAUCCAGUACCGAUUGGAUGAGGACGGCGUGCUGAGUCAACGUGGCGCAGACGUGUUUGAGUACAACUCUAACGGCCUGCUGGAGCGGGCAUACAGUCGGGCAGCAGGGGGGUGGAGCGUCCGCUACCGCUACGAUGGCCUUGGGAGGAGGGUGGCGCGGAGGACCGCAGACGGGGAGCACAUGCAGUUCUUCUACGCCGACCUCAACUAUCCUACAUGCAUCACUCACCUGUACAACCACUCUGGAGGGGAGAUCACGGCCUUCUAUUACGACUUGCAGGGUCACCUGUUUGCCAUGGAGGUGACGGGUGGCGAGGAGUACUAUAUCGCCUCAGACAACACGGGCACGCCGCUCGCCAUCUUCAGCAGUAACGGCCAGAUGGUAAAGCAGCUGCAGUACACGGCAUACGGGGAGCUGUUCCACGAUUCCAACCCGGACUUCCCCCUGGUCAUCGGUUUCCAUGGCGGCCUGUACGACCCACUCACCAAGCUGGUCCACUUCUCCCACCGGGACUACGAUGUGCUGGCGGGCCGCUGGACCGCCCCCGACCACGCCCUUCUGCCCAAGGUUGGCCGAGACCCUGCCCCCUUCAACCUGUACAUGUUUAAGAACAACAACCCGCUCAGUGACCCAGCGGACAUGCACAGCUACGUCACGGAUGUGAAGAGCUGGCUGGUGAUGUUCGGGUUUCAGCUGAGCAACAUCAUCCCAGGGUUCCCACGGCAACCGCUCUACUUCUCCGACCCUCCCUACGAGCUGCUGGCCACCCAGCAUGAGACCAUACAGGCCCAGACGGGGGUCCAGUAUGCUGCAGAGCGUCUCAACCAGGCCUUCAUGGCGUUGGAGGGCCGUGUUCUGGAGAAGCAGCUCUCCUCCGGCAGAGACAAGCCUGGGUUCAGCUUCGGCUCCCGGGCCCCCGCCAUCAUAGGGCAGGGCCAGCAGCUGGCCAUCCGAGAGGGUCACGUGAAUGCGGCUGUGUCGGCACUGGCGGGGGAGGACGGCCGCAAGCUGGCGCAGGUGCUCAACGGCGCCCUCUACCUGCAAGGGCUACACUACACACUGGAUGGACGUGACUGCCACCAUUUGGUGAAGUUGGGCGCGUCAGAGGGAGACUUGCAAGCGCUGGGGCUGAGCGGCGGCCGCAAGACGCUGGACAAUGGCGUCAACGUGACGGUGAGCGGCCGCUCCCGACGUGGCGUCACCGUGGAGAUCCACACGCCGGCCAUGUCACUAAGCGUGCGUUAUGGGCUGGCAGGGGAGGUGCUGGAGAAGGAGCGUGCACGCCUCCUGGAGGCUGCCCACCAGAGGGCGCUGGCGGGGGCAUGGGGGAGGGAGCAGACGCAGGCACGGGAGGGGAGGGAGGGGGGGAGGUUGUGGGAGGAGGGGGAGAGGCAGCAGCUGCUAGCCACAGGCAGGGUGCCGGGGUACGAUGGCUACUACAUCCUGCCGGUGGAACAGUACCCUGAGCUGGCAGACAGCAGCAGCAACAUCCAGUUCCUCAGGCAGAACGAGAUGGGCAGGAGGUAACAGGGCCAGGGCCCACAGCACCCCCUGAGGCCUGGCUGGCUCUGGGCUCAGCACUGGGACACCUGUAGGGGAAUAGGGGAUCCUGGGAGGGCUGAGCGUGUCAGAGACGUGAUGUAAUGUUGGACGACUAUCCUGACAGAUGGAAACUCUUUGGGGGGGGGGGGGGAUUCCUCUGACUGAAUUUACUAAUAACUAUAUGACGAUGAUGUUUCAUCAAAAUUUCCAAAUCAUUUUUCACUCGUUUUUUCUGUUUUGUUCUGGAGGGAUUAUUCUGGAAAACGGUGAAAGUAAGUGCCACCCACCCUCCUAACUUAAACUUGGCGGCCCCCUCCCCUUCAAAUCCAAAUGACUUCAGAAAGAACCUUGGAAGGUUCUAGAACUCCUUUGGAGACCUGCUGGUGUCUGUCCAGGUGGGCGAAGGUGGGGAUAGUAUGUACAUAAUGUUCCUGCAGAAGACUACUUCAAACUCUGACUAAUUAGAAGGAAGAAAAAAACGAAUGAAUGGACUCCAAGGUUAUUGUAGUUGUUCUCUUAGUUUGCACUAAACGACAAUCAUGAACAGUUUGUAUAUAAGACGACUUUUCUUUUUGUAAAACACUCUCUUCUAAAAGUGAUCUCAAUGUUUUUUUUAUUAACUUUAAUUUACUGUACAGGUAUUGAAAACCAAUGUAAAACCAAUGUAAGUCGUGCUUUCAUUUUGUUUAUAUAUUUCCUGGUCCUUUCAAGACCAAGUUCUAAUGUGGGCUUCAACCUUCACCAUACAUAACUCAGAAACAUGAAGCACUGUCUACAAAUGUAAAACACUGUCCAAUUUUCUCAAAAGAUUCAACCUUUCUCCUGUGUGACCUGUGUGGUCCCAGGGCGUCUGUAAUCAGGCACCCGCAACUGUCCACUCGUUCUUCACUCAUUCAUCACCUUGUGAAGGGGACGUUGUUUGAUCCUCUUGCUCCCUCUAGCGGUGUAUGAGUGUAACUGCUCAUCUGUGUAAAAAGUCUGUCCAGUGUCCUCGGUCGGUCCAUGCAUCCACAUGUACAUUAUGAUAAUGAUGAUGAUACCUACUGUUGUCAUGACGAUUCUUCAGUCUAGGGUGAAGAGGACU